CUGGACUAAUAUCAAUUCAUCAUAAAUAGCAUCAAUGAAUUCAACACGUUAAUGUGUGCAGUUGAAUUAACUCACACGUGAUACUUGGUCAAAUCAGUGAAUUUUGAAUGACAUCAAAGUCUCACAAUCGUUAUCAGUUAUCCAAGCUACAACGACAAAUAAAAUGAAGUGGAUUAGUAAAAUUGCUUAUGGAACGGGUCAAAUGCUUAAAGAUCUUGUUGCAGGAGUUAUCAGUAUAUUCUACAUCAUAUUCUAUGAAGGUUGUAUCAGUUUGAGUAGUUCACAAGUUGGGGCAUUAUUACUGUGUGGUCAGAUUGCCAAUGGAUUAGCCACACCAUUGAUUGGUUAUUUAUCAGAUCGUCCACUCGGUCUAACUGAAAAACCGACAACUGGUCACCAGUCGAUAACGUGUGAAGAUGGAAGUGUAAAGAAGGAUAAGAGGUUUCUCAGUCGAAUGAAACGACAGUUGAGACUUGGACAGAGAAAGUCAUGGCAUUUAGGUGGAUGUUUAUUGAUGCUUGUUGCUUUUCCGUUGAUGUUCGGACAACCGGAAUAUUUUGUUGGUCUUCCAAUUGUGGUGAAGUUAUUAAUCAAUGGCAUGCUUAUAAUUUGUGUUCAGGUUGGUUGGGCAGCUGUACAAAUUCCCCACUUAUCAAUUAUCAAUGAUUUGACAGACCAACAUGAUGAACGAGUAUUACUUGCAUCUUUAAGAUAUUUCUUCAGUGGUAUAGGCGAUAUGGCUACAUUGCUUGUAACGUAUUUAUUUUUUGAAUCAGAAAAAUCCAGUUCGUUACUUUUGAAAUCAGUAAAUGAGACUGACAACAAUGUGAACAACAGUCAACUGUUCACAAAAUCAUUAAUAACAACUGACAUUAUUGUUGGAAGUGAACGAGCAACAUUGUUCAAUGAUUCGAUAAAUAACCAGUCAACGAAUGUUGGGAAACAGUUAGUCGUACAUUCAGAAUACAAUAUAACAAUUCAAGAUUUACCCAUAUUUCGAAAUGUUACAUUGAUUGUCGUUGGCAUUGGAGUAUUAUUCACAAUAAUCUUCCAUUGUGGUGUUCGUGAAGGUAAACCGAAAGCACACCAAUCACUCACAAUGCAAUCUCAUAAAAUUCAGGAUACAACAGAUGAAUUCUCGCAAGUGAUUGGAACAAGCAACAAUAACGGAGUGAUUAAUGGUAAUUCUGUUGUGGUUUCACAGCUCAAAUCCAAACGAAAACGGACCUACAGCCUUUCAUCUACACUUCCCUGGUAUGCUUGGUUUACACUACCAAGAUUUUGGCUGAGCUGUUCUACAUUCAGUAUAAUGCGUCUUAGUGUAACUGUUUCUGUGGUGAGUAAGUGAUGAAUCAUUGAAGUACCUAAUAGAAUGACGACAAGUGAAGAUAAUUUUCUGUACAGAACCCCUCCUAUGGGAUCAUAUUUAGGAAGUCUGUUUCAGAAUUAUAACUCAAUCAGGGUGUUAUGGUUGAAAUGUUGAUGGAAGAUGAGAUUUACCUGAAAAUAAGUGAAAUAUCGAACAACUGAAAACACUUAGAAUUGUUAAUUGACCAUAUGUUAAAGCACCAUCAAAAUGGAAUGCAUCCUUCCAAUAAGUGAUGUCGAAAAAUGAUUACAAUAUAUUCUGUAUAUCAGAUGAUAUGGCACGACUUUACCGAGCAAGAAUAUCAGGAAUCAACGAAAUAAAUUAGGCUCUUAUUUGAGACCGGAUAUACCAUUUUCAACUUCAACUGUAGGAGGUCUGAACAAAUAAGGUUUCGGAAUUCAGAUGGCAAGUUGAAAUAGUGAUCUAAAAUAUCGAUGGAAGAUGCUCAUGUAUCGAAAACUUUGGUUUUGUAGAUAAAUAUCGCACCUAGCAGCAAUUGGAUCAUUAAUCUGAUUGCAAAUUAUCCAAGCUAUUUCGCAGUAAUGGAUAGUGUAGCAUAAUAUGUAGAAUAGCAUGUGACAGAGAGAUGAGCCUAAAUCAUGAGAAGCGAAAUGGACGCUACCUCAAGUGGGUUCGUGAUCAGGGUUAACUAUUCGGCAUUCAGCUUGUUCCGUAAAACUUGAGGCUGAGGUAUGCGAUAUUUUGUCAUUACCUCUCAGACGUCCAAUCAACAAAUACUUUUGCAAGCUGUAACAAUGUCGAAAAAUAUAUCAGUAGGGAAAUCUUCUGAUUAUAUUAAAAAUUACAUAGUAAUCCGAUAUAGUUUAUUUGAGAUGUUUUGAUAACAAAUAUGAACAUGUAGUACUGUCAUACUAGUCCUAUCUUCGAUGCUUGAGACCACGUGUCUCUGUGAUCAUUAGCACACAGCCGAAGUCGACAGUCAGUAACUUUGUGAACUAGCGUUAUGUUAAGAAUGCUCAUAAUGUUUCCCUAAUGGAUUCACUUCAAGCAUCAUUCAGUCUUCGUGAUGGACUUCAGUCAAAUUCGACAAAGAUAAUUAGUACAUUCACUUUCUAUAUUCAUUUAUUGCGUAAACGUUUCACUGUUCUUCUACAAGAUUCUAUUCAUUAUUCUAUUGUGCCAUAUAACUUUGCCGUUUUGUGUUGAAUUUGUGAUAUAUGUAAAUGAUGUAGCAGUUUACUUUGAUUUACCUGCCUGUCAAUUUGAUCUACUUUCAAUGAGUGAUCUAUUUCAACUUCCGUAAACUUAUUAUAUGAUGAAAUUCAACGUUAAGCUCUCAAUAUUAAAUAAGUAUUUCAAACUAUCAGAAACACGUAUAAAGUUAGGUACAUGGAUUAAAGCACUAAGAGCACAGGUCGGAUAAAGAAUCACUUUAAUUAGUUCUUCACAGAAACUCUAAACUAAUAUACACGUUCUAAAAUUAAGACUAAAGCCAAUGCCAUAUAAAUGGUGGUUGGUCAGUUUAACAAUGUAUUUCAAUAUUUCCUCUAAAAGCAGUCAUCGGUUAAUAAAUAAACGGAUACAAAAUUCGAUCUGAAGACCAGAGUACGUAUUCAGAUCAUCGCAUCAACUCUUCAUCACCACUGGGUUUAACGGUGUUAAUGUCCAAAUUCAGUGAAUUCACGAAAUGUAGCAAACCUGAUUGAUUGCCUGUGGUGGAUAAUUGUCUCACACUGGACAUUGUUGAAUUCGACUGGUCACAGCCUCUCUGUUGAACUAAAGUUAACAUACUUACAAUAGUGAAAUAGAUUAGAUUUGGAUAUGUGGCGAUUGGGACGGACUUAAUUCAACCGGAUAAAUAUAAUAUAUGUGAGAGAAUGUUCUGAAUCAUCAGUUAUGAUGAGUAUAGACCACAGACGUAAGACAAUUAAUUGAAUAUGUAAUGAGGUGGCUGAACACAAACUGAUUGUGAUUAAGAAUAAAAUGAGUUGAGACCAAUUAUGAAUUUUAAAGAAGUGAUGCAUUUGAGAUAAGAGAAUGAGUUCCAUAAAUGAUCAGAUAAAUUAACGAUAGCGUCAACUUAGUAUGUAAUUUACCAUUAUCUCUUUUUUUAUGUAGAAAUCGUGCUUGAGUCUUUUGGUAUCUGUAGCUUCAGGAAAACUCCAAAAUAAAAGGAUUUUAAUUUCAGUCGAUUAUUCUAUGAUACUUCAGUUCAUCAGCCCAAAUAAAUGUGUCAAUAAAUUAUUUUGAAAUAGCUCUGUUGCAACACUAUUAACUGCUGGUCAAUACUGUGCUAUGAAUAACUGAUAACUCGUGAUUAAUUAUUUAUUGAAAGGAUACUUUCAUUAUGACUACUGACUAACCGUUAGUUCAUGAAAAUAAUUGCUCAUAUUGACUUGUGUAUUAUUUAUUAUAUUCUUAGUGAAUACAAAACAAUUUACCAUUCAGAGAAAAACAUAUCCUACCACAAUAAAUCUACUCACAACUAAAUAAAUAGAUAGGUUAGACAGUAAACUUUACGAAUCCCACAAGGAAAGCAAAUUGGUUGGUAAUCAAAUCUAUAAGGCUCAUUUCUCUUUAUUCAAGAAUGGUCAACUGUGCUUACCUGCAUCUAUACUGGUAGUUGCAUUGAAAUUGUAUGACAUAUGUAUAUCUGGUUUGUUACGUACACUAGGGAAUAGCUCAUGACCUUACCCAACCAUCAUGUAUAAGUUCUGCACAAAAGCACAUGCGAAGAUGUGUAUAAUUCGGAAUCUGUGUUAACUUACGAACAUUAACUUUAAACAUGUGCUUUGAAUUUUAGUAUAUUUUGCAUGUGGCUGACUAUGAAAUCCAGGAUAUGAGUUUCGUUGUAUACGGACUUCAUGAUUCGGAUAUAGUAGUAUUUUAGUGUUAAUGCUCUCAUCUAAGCUUGAGCACCUUACCUUUACGUUCAAAUUGAAUAAAUAUGCCAUAUCACGAAAAUUUAUAUUGACCACUGAAGUUAAAUAGCAGCUAGUAAAAGAAUCCUAGACUCGUGUUUCGUUUUCUUAAAAAAACUAGUAUCCAGUUACAUCCAGCGGACGAGCCCCGGACAGUAUGAAUGUAGGUCCUGAAUUCCACUGCUAACCAUAUAAAUAUAUAAAAAAUCUACGACUAAAGAUUAUUAUGCAGCGAUCCGAACGGAAGCGAUUAAUUCCUGUUCUGAAUACCAGCAUUAUAAAUUUGCAAACCCUUAAUUGUAUACGUUUUAAAUCCCUUAAUAUAUAAAAUGAGAAAUUCACUAAUAUUUGUUUUUUAAUUGCUAUUUUCCUAGAUGUAUAUGGGUCCAUUUUUGUUGAAUUCAUUAAAAAUGGAUAAAAGUUCAAUGGUUUCUGCCCCAUUAGUUACCACAAUUUCUUGUUUGAUUACAUCAGUUGGUGUACAAAGGAUAAAUAAAUUACUCGGGAAUUAUGUAAGUAGAAGGAAUUGACGAUUUCAAUAACAUUGAAAUCAAGUUAAAACUUUAUUACUGAAAAAUAUUUCACAUUUUGUUAAGCCCUGAUUCAUAACAGUUUCGUUGACUACAUUUUAAACCUCAUUCAUGAUUUAUUUGUCAUUGGAAUACAGCUUGAUCUGUCUGUCUACAAUCGGCAAUGAAAUAUUAACAGGUUCUCUCCACUAUGAACCGUUUAACGUAGUAUUUAAACUGUUUCAAGACGUUUAGAAUAAUCUAAGUGUUAAUAGAUGUUUGCAAAAAUGAACUGUAAUUGUAAGACGUGAUGAGGCUUCGAUCGGGAAAGAACAAUUCGAGUCCACAACUAUAAGAAUAUCACUCUUGAAUUUUAUGGUGUUGAAGAGAUCUGGAAUGAGGCCUCACACGAUGUUAAACAGAACACAUUGAGAAAUAAUGCAGAUGGUUUACGACUACAUUUUGAUUGGUUGGUGUCAACAAGUAGUCUGAGUAGUAGACCGACAUUGAGCCAAAAGGACUUAACUGGCCAAACGUCUCAUGUGAUAAAGCCAAACAAAACAACUUGAUCAAUCGAACAGAUUACAGCUUCAGUCAUGAGUGAAUCAACAGAAUUACUAAUGUUACUCAGAUACUGAAGAAUAAUCAUGAUAAUUAUAUCGGCUGAUAUAGAUGAUGUGUUUGACUUACUCUGAGGAAGUCUCAUGUGGCAGUUUGUAUUGCAGAAGGCUGUAUCGAAGUAACACACUUGUGGGUAGCUUUACUCAAACACUCGGACAUCUGUAAGUAUCUGGAAGCACCGUCCAAUAUCCAGACAUAUGAUGCAGCACAUGAGGUUGAAUUGGACAACAGAUUAAGUUAGACAUUUUCUCUAUAACUUGAUAUAUUUCCAACGCUUAUCAACUCACCAUUGAAUUCACAGUUUUCAAUAAGACAAUGGUAAUUAAGAUUAGAGUAGUUCUUUCAUUAUACAUAGCUAUUUACUCUUUACUCAUGUAACGCAACGUUCAAUUCAGUAUUUCUUACACAAUCGUCAGCAGUUUUGAGUCUUAUUUAGUUCAUCAUAUAACUAACACACAAUCGAAUCACUUGAAAUAAUUUGUCCACAUUCAAUGGAUUGUAUCUUAUUGGUUUUAAGUAGCUGCAGUUUUUCACAUAUGUUGGUCAGUUAGUCAUGACAAGUGAAUACACAGAGACAAAAACUCACUAAUGAAUAAUGAAACGAAGUAGACACUGUGAAGGUGGAUUUCGUUGCUGACUGAUAUUAUCAAUAGAAUCAUGCAAAGUCAGAGAGUAUUUACUAUGCAGAUAACGAGUUCUAAUUCACAACUUGGCAAGAGCUAACUCACAAACACAUUGGUGCUCAUCUUGUAUUCUUUGACAUUUUAAAAUUUCGGAGACAGUUGAGAGAAAGCAGUAGUAAUAGAUAUCAUAUAACUAUUAUAUCAUAUAAUUAACACAAAAUCUAAUCUAUUAAAUUAAUUUGAAUACAAUCAAUAGAUUAGAUAUCAUUAGAUAUCAUUCUGACUAGGAAUUGUGAACAGAGUGUGUGUGAUGUCUUCACGGAAUCGAUACAUUCUGUAGGAUUCGAAUUUGUGACAAACAUAAUCAAAGCUACAAAUAAUACCACUGCGACAAUAGUAUUCAGAUUGACCACUCAUACAUAACUCAUUAUGGUAUUAUAGUAUUCAGAGUAGAAUUUUAAAUGUUUAUCGCUAGUUGAUAUUUCUCUUAAUGAUCAAUUACUCAUCUUGCCAAUGAUUGACUUGACUUGAUGUAAUAUAUUCUUGCGAUGGCUUUACUAUUCAUACGUGAAUUUCGAUGAGCAUUUUGAAGAACUCAGCACGUUUGUCUAUCUUAUAACAUGAUCACAUGAUAGAUACAUACAACUUAUAUCUUCUUGAGUGUGUAAAUGUUCCGCUAAAAAUCGUACAUGCCUUUUUAAUUUUAGAUUGGCUCAGUCGUCGGUGUUCUAUUUAUCCUUGUAUUUUGUACAAUCGCUUACUUUUUAAAAUCAGCCGAUGAAAACCUCGUAGCAAUAUAUUUUGCUGCAGCCAUUCUAGGUAUUGGAAACACAAUCAAUAAUGUUCGAGCAUUGGUUGUGAUCGCAACAUUGAUCGGUGUAAAACAAGUACACACAGCAGCAUUUGUUCAUGGGAUCGCAUCAUUUUUUGAUAAAAUCUUGACUGGUGUCUUCAUUCAAUGCAUACAACUCUGUGUACCUCAGUUAACUUAUAGACAUAUACAGGUGUAUAUUGUAGGUAGUUUGGCAAUAUUCGGUGGUAUUCUAGCGACAAUUGGUAAUUUCAUUUAUUCAGAGACUUUAGAAAGUACAGAUGCACCAUGUCUUUCAUGUUUUUGUCAAAGAACAACUUCAUCGUCGCCUCCGUCACCAACGAAAUUUCAGAGUGAUCAAACCUUUAAUCGUGAUGUUCGGAACGAAAAGGAAAACAGCGAUAACCGUCAAUGCUAACCAACAUAUUUAUAUAUCAUUAAUACAAGUCUUUCCACAUACAACAAAACGUCUCCAUUUUCUAUCUCUCUACCACUUUUCAGUUUAUCAGUUAAUUGAUGUAUAUUCACCUACUGUUCCCUUCAAAGAAACCCGAUCUAUUACGAUACAUUUCAACAUGAAAUCCAUACUUUUCUUAAGCAAUCUACUAUCGAAUACUUAAUUCAACCUUUCCACUGAAUAUUUUAUUUUUGUAUACAUCAGGCUGUAAUACUUAGACACUUGAAUUAAAUUAACAAUAUGGAGUACUCAUAAUAUUUGUUAUUUUGGCAGAAUAUUGUAUUAAUUAUCAAUAGUUAUUCAUAAUUGAUUCUUCGACAGAUGGCUUCUCUGUAAACAAACAGAAGUUAGAGUGUAGAUAACAUUUUUUUAAUAAAACAAGUAGAAAUAAAUUGUCCCAACCAAGUAUUCUAACUCUAUUCAUUAACUUCAAAAAACUGGUUUACACUAGCUGAUGAAGAAGUGGAAAUUAUGGACUGACGAUUAUUUAUUAUCCUGAACUCCCCAUCACAAUAAACUGUGAUUAAUUUGUGAUUUAUAUUGUGACAAAUUAAAAGGUGAGAUAAGUAUGAG